CAUCCGCGUCUGUCAUUCGAAGCAGUCUUGACAUAUCGCACUGCCACCGGAGGCUUAGCCGGCAAGAAAAAAAAAAUGUUAACCCGCCUCAUUGUUCCUUUCAUUUUAUUCAUCGGAUCUUCAUCCAUAGGUGAAGAGAGUGAGGGCAGUGUGAGCAAUGCAAGUGUGAGAAAUGGCAAAUUAUUUUGGCCAGGAUACCAAAGCCACUUAUCUGAUGUGGUCACGCAAGUAGCGUCCUCGAUGUAUGGUGUCCACUCAGAUGAGGACUUUUUUGAUUUUCUACGGGACUCGUUUCCGCUGCCGGGAGGGCUCAACGAACCAUAUUCCGAAUAUGACUUCAUCAUAAUCGGCGCUGGUUCAGCUGGCUGCGCUCUAGCCAAUAAACUGUCUAAAAAUCGAAACACCACAGUUCUGCUUUUGGAAGCUGGCAAACCAGAAAUGAUCUUGACUGACAUGCCUGUCUUAGCACCAAUAUUUCAAUCGACGGAUUACGCGUGGCAGUACUAUAUGGAGCACCAACCGGGAGUCUGUAUGGGUAUGGCCAACGGACGGUGCUUCUGGCCACGGGGCAAAGCAGUUGGGGGGACGUCUGUCAUCAAUUACAUGAUUUACACCCGAGGAAGACCCCAGGAUUGGGAUCGAAUAGCAGCUGAUGGAAAUUACGGAUGGUCAUACAAUGACGUACUGAAAUAUUACAUCGAACUUGAAAAAGCAUCCUUAAAAGGUUUUGAGAAAAAUCCAUAUAGAGGUCAAGACGGUGCUCUUCCCGUUGAAUUUGUUCCUGUAAAAACAAAGCUUCUCAACGCAUUUUUGGAGGCGGGCACCAUUCUCGGUCAUCCAACUGUUGAUUACAAUGCUCCACACGAGUUCGGGUUUGGACGCGUCCAAGUCACAAUAAGCGGCGGUCAUCGACAGAGCUCCGCUAAAGCAUUCCUUCAUAAACAUAAGAAUAGGCGUAACCUUCAUAUACUACCAGAAACCAGAGCCACUAAAAUUCUAAUCGACCCUAACACAAAAAAGGCUUACGGCAUCGAAUAUGUACGUAACAAACUACUGCACACUGUUUAUGCUCGCAAAGAAGUAAUUUUGUCUGCUGGACCUAUCGCCUCGCCUCAACUUCUUAUGUUGUCUGGAAUAGGUCCCCGAGAACAUUUAAGUACACUUGGCAUACCUGUAAUUCAAGAUCUGCCAGUGGGUAAAGUUUUGUACGACCAUAUAUGUUUCCCUGGUAUUAUUUUUACGUUAAACGAAACCAACGUAUCAUUUUUGGAAAGGCGAGCUAUAAGCCUUCAUAGUAUAACGCAGUGGUUCCAUAAUGGCGAUAACGAAUUUGCUUCACCUGGUGCAGUAGAAGGAAUUGGCUACAUUAAAACCCCAGUCUCUACCGACCCUGAGCCUACGGUGCCAGAUAUUGAACUUAUUAGUAUUGGCGGAUCCAUCGUAUCAGACGGCGGUCCAGGGGGUAGUAAAGCAGUCCGUCGUGGAAUGAGAAUAAUAGAUAGCGUAAUGGACGAAGCAUUUGGUCCAAUCGACAGUACUGAUACGUGGUCCGCAUUCCCAAUGCUAUUGCAUCCAAAAUCUGUCGGCCGUAUCGAAUUAAAAGACACCAAUCCAUUCAGCCACCCAAAAAUGUAUGGUAACUAUUUGACAGAUCCGACUGACGUUGCCACGUUUGUGGCUGCGAUACGCCACAUCCAACAAAUAGCGGCUACUCCUCCAUUUCAAAAGUAUGGCGCAAAAAUACAUCCUGCAUCUUACAGAACGUGUAGGAACUUUGUUUUUGACUCUGAUGCAUAUUGGGAGUGUGCUUUACGAACUCUAACGGCCACUCUGCAUCAUCAAAUAUCUACAUGCCGUAUGGGCCCGGACAGCGACCCACUAGCAGUUUUGGAUGCAGAAUUACGCGUAAGGGGCAUCAGCAAUUUACGUGUGGUGGACACGAGCGUUAUUCCCAGAACAAUUUCGGCGCACACUAAUGGACCUGGCAUGAUGAUCGGCUUGAAAGCAGGCGACAUGAUAAAGAAAGAUUGGAAUAUUUAAAACUACAUAUUCUCAUAUUUACACUGAAGCCAAAGCGCUGUAUCUUAAAGUCGUAUCCAAAAAGAAACUUGCAUUUUGUACAAAAUAUUGGUUGUACCGCGGGCGAAAGCCGGGAUAGGC